AUGUUGCCCCGGGAGCAUCCAACGCUUCCUCGCGAGAGCACCCUCGCCCAACUCCCCGCCGAAUUCCCCACCGACACCCAGGACCAAAUCUCCCAGCUCCUCUCCACCCCUUCCAUCAAUCGACUUGUUGUGCUCGACGAUGAUCCAACAGGCACCCAGACAUGCCAUGACAUCUCAGUGCUAACGGUCUGGGACUCUUCGACCCUGAUUACUGAGUUCCAGACCAAGUCACCCGGCUUCUUUAUUCUUACCAACUCGCGCGCUCUUCCCCCCAUAGAAGCCGAGAUACUUAUUCGAACGAUAUGCAAGAACGUUUUGGAGGCCGCCAAAGACACAGGGAACAGAGUCGACAUUGUUCUACGAGGCGAUAGCACCUUACGAGGCCAUUUUCCGCUCGAGCCCGAUGUCGCCGAGUCCGUCUUCGGCCCCGCUGAUGCCAUCGUCCUAGCACCCUUCUUCUUCCAAGGCGGACGCUUUACAAUCAACGACGUCCAUUACGUUGCGGAGGGUGACAAUCUAGUUCCAGCAGGUGCAACCCAAUUUGCGAAGGAUGCAACGUUUGGGUACAAAAGCUCGAAUUUACGAGACUAUGUGCUCGAAAAAGCCCCUGGGCGCUUCUCCGAGGCCCAAUUGUAUUCGGUUACAAUUGACGAAAUCCGGCACGGAGGGCCCGAGGCUGUUUGUGAAAAAUUGCUUGUCAUGCCUGCCGGCAGCGUCGUCAUCGUAAACGCAGCCGCCGAGUCUGAUAUGCACGUCUUCGUUGCCGGAUUAUUGCUGGCCGAGUCUCAGGGUAAACAUUUCCUCUACCGCACUGGUGCAGCCGGAGCUGCAGCUCCCUCCCCACGCCAAACGGGCGGUUUGAUUGUAGCGGGGUCCUAUGUGCCCAAAACAACAGCCCAACUGAAAGUUCUGACCGAGACUCGAGGCGCCGCAGGGCAGCUCGCAAUCAUUGAAUUGAAAGUCGAGGAUCUAAUCGCAUCACCGGAGACGGCUUCACAGACGGUGCAGCAGCUCGUCAGGGAUACAGAGGCUCACCUCAAAGCCGGAAAAGAUACCCUUGUGAUGACGAGCCGGAAGCUCAUCACUGGUGCUGAUGAGCUGUCCUCAUUGCAGAUCGGCUCUGUCGUUGCAGAUGCGUUGGUCAGUGUUUUGCAACGGAUCGAGGUGCGUCCGCGGUACAUUGUUGCCAAGGGUGGUAUCACUUCUUCUGAUGCUGCGACCAAGGGCUUGAAUGUUAAGCGGGCUACGAUUGUCGGCCAGGCAGCUCCAGGCGUGCCGCUAUGGCGAUGUGAUGAGCCGACUUCUCGCCACCGUGGUGUGCCUUUUGUGGUCUUUCCUGGUAAUGUGGGCGGGGAAACAACGCUGUGCGAAUUGGUGGAAGGGUGGAGUUAG